AUGGGAGAUAUCGUUGCCGUGACAUCCGCACCUAAGGAGACCAGCACGUCAACCCUUCAAUGUCCGAUGCUUACCACCACUAAUUAUACGGUGUGGGCGAUGAAGAUGACCGUGAUGUUAAGGGUGGACAAAGUAUGGGAAACGGUUGAAACAGAGGAAGCUGAUGUAGACAAGGUGGAUCUUGCUAAGGCUCUUUUGUUCCAGUCUAUUCCGGAGACACUAACCCUACAAGUCGUUGGUCGGCUUAAGACUUAUGAAGAAAGAAUUCGAGAUGAGGAAGAUCAAGAGGAUGAUCAAACCAAGCUUAUGUAUGCGAGUAAUUACCAGGAGGGUUAUGAUCAAGGACGAAGCAGAGGUGCAAGAGGAGGACGUUUUACAGGUCGAAGUAGAGGACGAGGUCGUGGCAACUAUCAGAACAGAGGCAAGUCCUUGAUUGUCUGUUAUCGAUGCGACAAACAUGGUCAUUAUGCCUUUAACUGCCCGUAUAGGUUGCUUAAGCUUCAGGAGAUUCAAGACACAACUGAUUCAGAAAACCAAGACACUAAGGAUUUGCUGAUGCAUGAGGUGGUUUUCCUCAAUGAAAAGAAGGUUCAUCCAAAGAAGUUUGAAACAAAAGUCGCUGGAGAUGAUGUGUGGUACCUCGACAACGGAGCCAGUAACCAUAUGACUAGGAACCAGAGCUACUUUACCAAACUCGAUGAGACUGUUACAGAUAAGGUCAGGUUUGGUGAUGAUUUGCGAGUCGACAUUAAAGGGAGAGGAUCAAUUCUCUUUGUCACCAAGUCGGGUGACCAGAAGAUUUUGGCUCAAGUUUAUUGGAUACCAGACCUCAAGAGCAAUAUUCUCAGUCUUGGACAAGCAACAUAA